CGUACGGGAAAUUUACUAAGGUUAGUGAUCGUUUUUUUUUAGGUACAUUUUUCUCCAAGAAUGGUCAUUUGUUGGGGUGCUGAGGCUUCGAAGAGCUAGAACAAGAGAUAUUUCGAAGCGAUGAAGAGAACAUCUUAGCAAUUAAACGAUGGCAUCAGGCCAGAUCCAAACUGUCCUUGGUCCCAUUCCACCCAGUGCCUUGGGCCGCACCCUCACCCAUGAACACAUCAAGAUGGAUUACAAAUGCUGCCUGAGACCACCCUGGAGGGAGUCUGAUGUAGACAAAAUGGCAAAUUCAGAGUUCACUAUGGCCAAUCUUGGGUGGAUACAGCAGAAUCCCUACAGCCAUAAACUAAACUUGGCUCUUGGAGAUGAGCCCUUUGAUGAUAUUAUGGCAGAACUCAACUAUUUUAAGCAGGAGGGUGGCCAGAGUAUUGUCGAAGUGACUACAGUUGGUAUUGUAAGGGAUGUGGAAUACCUUGCCAAAGCAGCAUCGGCAACUGGCCUGAAUAUUAUUGCUGGAACAGGUUACUACUUAGACUCCACUCUUCCAGCAGAAGUAAAGUCUUCAUCAGUUGAAGAGCUUUCAAAGACCAUGGUCAAAGAACUUACUGAAGGUGUUGGUGAUACAUCAAUAAAGUGUGGUGUCAUUGGUGAAAUCGGCUGCUCUUGGCCAUUGGAGCCCACAGAGAAGAGAUCUCUCUUAGCAGCUGCCGCAGCACAGACUUCAACUGGUGCUCCUCUGAUCAUCCACCCUGGACGUAAUGAGUCAUCACCCAUGGAGAUUGUCAGAAUUCUUCAAGAAGCUGGAGCAGACAUCAAUAAAACUGUCAUGAGUCAUCUUGAUCGCACUAUUUUUGAUCGAGAAAAACUCCUGGAGUUGGCAGCUACUGGGAUUUAUCUGGAGUAUGACUUUUUUGGUAUUGAACUGUCAUACUAUCAGCCUAACUAUGCUGUGGAUGGCAUCAGUGAUGCACAGAGAAUCCAGAAUAUUAAAUUUUUGGCCUCAGAAGGCUAUGAAGAUAAGAUUGUCAUUGCACAUGAUGUACACACUCGCCAUCGCCUAGUAAAGUAUGGUGGCCAUGGGUAUGCGCACAUACAAAAGAAUGCAGUACCAAAAAUGCUGAUGAGAGGAAUUUCUCGGGAGUUAGUUGACAAGAUUCAGAUCUCAAAUCCUAAAACUUGGUUAACCUUCAAGUAAAACAGUUUUAUUAGGGUGAACCUUGAAUGUUAUUAAGAAUUAGAAUAAUUUUUAUGUAGGUUUUUGAUUCAAUGUUUGACUAGAUAUCACCCAUGGCAAAAUAGGCAUGGAGUUGAUGGCUCUACUGGGAGAUUUUAUAGGUAUAAUGUAUGUUUUAGUUUGAUCCAGUCAUUUAAAGAUUUAUUAAUUAUUUACUGAAUACACUCUUCAUCUAUCAACUGAAAUGCAUGAAUAAAUAAAGAAAACUUUUAAUUUCAUCAAUAAAGGGGUAAGUUUCUAUAGAAACUGUGGUGCUGCAUCAGUGUGAGAGUGUAACAGGGUAAUUUAGUAUUAUCAACUGAAUUGAUAAUGUACAUUGGCCACAGUAAAGAGUUAAGAAACUGAUGUUUCAAGCUUUAGCCCUCUGGUAGAGCACAGACAAAGGGUUAAUGUUCAAAACCUUGGCUUUGUAACUCUUUACAGUGGCCAAUUAACAUUAUCAACAUAGUCGAUAAUAUUAAAUUACCCUAUUGAAAUUUCAUCAUUUGUCUGAAAAAUUAAUAAAAAUGGUCCAUUUCAUACAAAUGAUA